AACAGUAUUUGUUGUCUGUUGUUGUAAUGCGGGUAUACUACUGUUGUUGGUUUGCCUUUUAUUGCUCGAUGCUUAUUUUAAGAUGAUUUGCAGUUGUUGAUCUGUAUACCAAAAUUGAGACAAGGAAAGACCAUAAUGAACAUGAAUUUCAAGUGAAUGAGAAGUAAAGAAGAAAAUGUCACGUAGGGACACAGGUUCACUACGGGGUGGAGGAGGAGGAGGAGGAGAGGGCUCUGAGUCCCAGGCAUCAUCCCCUAGUGAGGACUGUAAAUUUGUCAACUCUGCUCAUCCUGAGGUUGUACUGUCUGGCCUCAAUGAACUACGAAAAAGUGGACACUUUUGUGAUGUGACCUUGUGUGUAGAUGGAAUGACUUUUCCUGUACAUAAAUCUGUAUUAGCAUCAUUUAGUUCAUACUUUCGGGCAAUGUUUUUAAGUAACUUGGCAGAAUCCCAACAGGAGCAUAUUACACUAAGUGGUGUUGAUGCUGGCAUGGUUGCUCUGCUCCUUGAUUAUGCUUACACUUCCUCUAUCUUGAUAACAGAAAAUAAUGUUCAGGCUCUUCUUAGUGCUUCUAAUCUACUGGAGGUCGUUGCUGUAAGGGAAGCUUGCUGUCGUUUCCUUGAACGUCACAUUGAUGCUACCAACUGUGUUGGAAUUCACUGCUUUGCUGAGGCCCAUUCUUGUCAUGAUCUUACUAAAAAGGCUAAAGCAUAUACAUUAAGGACAACUCGUAAUGGACGGGAGGUACAGAAGCCUAUGGACAGCUUGUUGAGCGACAGAGAUUUCCUGGAUUUGUUCCCUGGGCAUAAAUUGAAAGAUGGACCACUUUCUGUCGUGACUUUAAGUCAGAAGACCCAACAUGAUAUGAGUAGCUGGUCCGUAGAUAUGGAACUAGAGCGAGACGAGCUUAUCGAAUAUUUUAUUCUUGCUGCUGAAGAUAUAUGCACUAGCUUACAAGCAGAAGGCUACUGGGCAGAUUUUAUUGACCCUUCAUCUGGCCGACCUUACCAUGGGCAAUUCACCAAUGCUACAUUGUUUGAGACUGAUGAACGUUAUCGGUAUCUAGGCUUCCGCAUUGAGGAUUUAGGAUGCUGCAAAAUUAUUUCGCAUAGACUCUGGGGCACACAUGUAUUUGUUGGUGCCAUCUUCACCAAUGCUCCAGUGGAUUCUGAUGUCUUGGAGCAAGCUCUCAGCAAACAUCAGAGGGAUUGGACAUCAACCUAAAACUUGAUUACAUAUUCUAGCUACUUUUUACUUUCGCUGUAUGUGCAGCAUAUGCAUUAUUAGAGAGUUUGAUACUAAAAGUGACAGCAAUGUAUAUACACUGGAUUCACUGUGCAGUGUUUAUGUCAUUAUGCCAGUGUGGUUACUCUGAACACAUUCUUAGUUUUUUGUAGGUUUGUGCCUCGAGACGUAAGUUUAUAAUGUUUGUUACUUGUUACUCGCAGUUCUUUAUCUUUGUAAAAUUUAGUUCCAGGUAAUGAGAUACAAACAAAGCAUUUCCUACUAGUACAGUUGACCUUUGAACAAUACGGGGGUUAGGGGCGCCAAGCCCCCGCGCAAUCAGAAAUCUGCAUAUAACUUUUGACUCCCAAAAACUUUACUACUUAUCACCUGCCUGUUGACUGGAAGCCUUACCGAUAACAUAAACAGUCCAUUAACAUAUGUUUUGUUUAUUAUAUGUAUUAUAUACUGUAUUCUUACAAUAAACUAAGCUAGAGAAAAGAAAACAUUAUUAAGAAAAUCAUAAGGAAGAGAAAAUACAUUUCCAGUACUGUACUGUACAGCCUCUCCUCACUUAACGACAGAGUUCUGUUCCUAAGACUAUAAUGGUAGUGGGUUUGUGUCAACCAUCUUUGAUAUUGUUUUAAUGUCACCUUUGCACCAUUGAUAACAUUUUUAGUAUAGUAUUUUUAAAUAUUUAUACAGUAGUGUACUGUAUGUUGUAAUAAAAAGAAUAGAGGAAAUCAGCUCUAAUAUACAUUGUUUAGGUAUGCAUACUGGUUGGAGAGCCCGUCGUAAGUCGAGUCGUUGGUAAAUGAAUACAUCGCUAAGUGAGGAGAGGCUGUAUUUAUUGAUACAGUAAGUUUACAUCGUCUGUUUACAGGAUGAAUUGUCUGUAUGUCAGUACCCACAUCAGUAUUAUCUUAUAUGAUACAAAACACUGUAGAUGUUAUACAUAUUACUAACACUAAACAUCAAGAAUGAAAAGAUAAUGUGAAAAAAAGAUUCACAUUUAUGUCUUCUUCUUUCAGCACACCGACCGUAUCCCACCGAGGCAGGGUGGCCCAAUAAUAAAAGAAAUGCUUUCACCAUCAUUCACACUAUUAAUAUUAUUAUUAUCAUUGUAAGUGAACAGUAUUUAGAUAAUGGAUUUGGAUAAGGCAUAUGAUAGGGUAGAUAGGAGAGCAAUGUGGCAGAUGUUGCAUAUGUAUGGAAUAGGUGAUAGCUUACUGAAAGCAGUUUAAGAGUUUUUACAAGGAUAGUGCAGCUCAGGUUGGAGUAUGUAGGAGAGAGGGAGAUUAUUUCCCAGUAAAAGUAAGCAUUAAACAGGGAUGAGUGAUGUCACCAUGAUUGUUCAAUAUAUUUAUAGAUGGGGUUGUAAGAGAAGUGAAUGCUCGGGUGUUGGCAAGUGGGAUUAAGGGAUAAAGAAUCUAACAUAAAGUGGGAGUUGUCACAAGUGCUUUACGCUGAUGACUGUGCUUUUGGGAGAUUCUGAGAAAUUGCAGAGGUUGGCGAACGAGGUUGGAAGGGUAUGUAGAAGGAAAUUAAAAGUGAACUUAGGGAAGAGCAGGGUGAUGAGGAUAACAAAAAAUUCAGGUAACGAAAGAUUCAUCAGAUUGGAGGGAGGCAAUAUGGAGGAAGUGAAUGUGUUCAGAAAUUUGGGAGUGGACUUGUCAGGAGAUUGGUCAAUAAAAGAUGAGAUGAAUCAUAGAAUUGAUGAGGAUAAAAGGUGAGUGGAGCACUGAGGAGUUUGUGGUGGCAAAAAACAUGCAUGGAGCCAAAGAGGGUACUGUAUGAGAGUAAAGUGGUACUGACACUCUUACAUGGGCAUGAAGCAUGGGUGGUGAAUGUUGCAACAAGGAGAAGGCUAGAGGUUGUGGAGAUGUCGUGUCUUAGGGCAAUGUGCAGUGUGAAUAUAAUGCAGAGAAUCUGUAGCUUGGAGAUUAGGAGGAGGUGCAGGGUUUCUAAAAGUAUUAUUGAGAGGACAGAGGAAGGGUUGUUGUCGUGUUUUGGACAUUUAGAGAGGCUGAAACAAAAUAAAGUAACUUGGAGAGCAUGUGAAUCUAUAGUGGAAAGAAGGAAGGCAGGGUAGGGGUCAUCCUCUGAAAGAUUGGAUGGAGGGGGUAAAGUAGGUUUUGUUUGCAAGGGACUUGGACUUCCAGUAAGCGUGCAUGAGCACCUCUGGCAAGACAGUGAUGGAGUGAGUAAUGAUGAAAGUGUUUCUUCUUUUUUGGGUUACCCUGCCUUGGUAGGAAACAGCCAGUGUAUUAAUAAAAAAAAAAUAUUAUUAUUAUUCUUAUACAGUGGAACCUCAGUUUUCAUAUGCCCCAGUUUAUGUAGGAUUCGGUUUUCGAUGACUUUUUCCGUCGAAAUUUUGUCCCAGUUUUCGUACAUCACCUUGGUUUUCAUAGAAUUGACAAUGGUCUGUACCGAACGCGUCCACCUGCCUGCCCGCGUCACUUGGCCACUCAAGUGCCGAGUGACUCAGUCUGCCUUUGUUUAUCAUUGAGUGAGCACCACCCCGUGUGUUCAGCCAAAACAUUUCAUAAUAAUCUAGGAUUUUGAAGGGUUUGAGGCUGACCCUGACUACCCUAUGCCUGUUAGGGAAUCUAUUGUGUCUUUGGGGAAGUCCAUGGGGUUGGAUGUGAGUGGCCAGGAUGUGGAAGAGUUGGUGGACGACCACAGGGAAGAGCUAACCAUUGAAGAGCUGCAACACCUUCAACUGGAACAGCAACAGAUCACAGCUGAGAAAAUUGCUUCAGAGGAGGAGGGAGAGAGAGGGGAGAAUGUGCCUUCUUCAGUGAUUAAGGACAUGUGUGCAAAGUGGAGCAAAUUGCAAAGUUUUGUGGAGAAAUAUCACCCUAACAAAGCUGUUGCAAGCUGUGUCUGCAACAUGUCCCAUUUUAGGCAAAUCUUAACCCUUUCAGGGUCCGUGCCGUAGAUCUACGGCUUUACGUUGAGGGUCCAAACCGUAAAUCUAUGCCAAAAUUCUAGCAGCAUCAAAUUUAGCGCAAGAAGGCUGGUAGGCCUACAUCUGAGAAAAUAGGUCUGGGUGGUCAGUGUGCACACCAUAGAGAAAAUCUGGACACCCACAUGGCAUUGUGGGAAUGCCGGCAAAGUAGCUUUGUUAAUCAUGCCUGGCGGCAAGGAAGCUCUCACUCCCCACUCACUCUCCUGGCGAAUUCUGACACUCCUCUUCACAACUUACAGUUCUAAGACUGAUGGAAGUGGAUCUGAAGAGGAAUUCUAUGGUUUUGAACCAUAUGGUACCAUUGUAACAUAUGGUACAAUGGUACCAUAUGAUACAAUGGUACCAUAUGGUGCUAUGUCAUACAGUGGUAUCAUAUGGUACAAUGGUGCCAUGUCAUACAAUGGUGUAUGGUACAAUGGUACCAUAUGGUACAUUAUACCAUAUGGUACAUUGUACCAUAUGGUACAUUGUACCAUAUGGUACAUUGUACCAUAUGGUACAGGGUACAGGGACCCUAAUAGAAAUAAGUCUGUCUGACUUUUUUUUGGUUAUCCUAGGUUCUCCAAACAUAUGCUACUAUGUAUGAUAAUCUAUGUAACUUUAUUUGUGUAUACCUAAAUAAACUUACGAUGCCACAUGUGCUUGAGUAAGUUUAUUCAGGUGUACACAAAUACAGUUACAUAGAUUAUCAUACAUAGCAGCAUAUGUAUAAAAUCCUAGGAUAAACCAAAAAAGUCAGGGUGACUUAUUUCCAUAGGGAUCCCUGUAUCUGUACCAUAUGGUGUCCUGUACCAUAUGGUGUCCUGUACCAUAUGGUGUCCUGUACCAUAUGGUGUCCUGUACCAUAUGAUACCCUGUACCAUAUGGUACCCUGCACCAUAUGGUACCCUGCACCAUAAAGUAUCCUGUACUGUAUGUUAUCCUGUACUGUAUGGUACCCUAUACCAUAUAGUACAAUGUACCAUAUGGUACCCUGUAACAUAUGAUACCAUGUACCCAGGGCCAGAUUAAGAAGUCUCCGGGCCCUAGGCUAUUCAGAUUGGCGGGGCCCCUUUGAGUUACGGGUAAGCGAAGCGACCCCUUCCAGCUUGGGGGGGGGGGUUGGUGUGAGCCUGUUUAAGGUCUAAUUAAAUACAUUCUGGCUAUUUAGAUUAAAUUUAAUAGGGAAAGUACAUCAAGACAACCAAAACCAUUUACCAACAGCCAUUAUAACUAUCUUGUUAAAUCAUGCAUUUUAACCCUUUCAGGGUCCAAGGUCCAAAUCUGGAGUCACGCACCAGUGUCCAAGAAUUUUCAAAAAAAAAAUUUGUUAUUUUUUCUUAUGAAAUCGUAGAGAAUCUUUUUGUGAAGGUAAUAAAACAAAAAGUACGAAAUUUGGUGGAAAAUUGACGAAAUUAUGCUCUCGCGAAUUUUAAUGUGUCAGCGAUAUUUACGAAUCGGUGAUUUUGCCGACUCUGACUCCCAUUUUAGGCCAAUUACAUUAUUCCAAUCAACCAAAUUCUUAGCUAUUUCACUAGUAUUACUUCUAUUCUAUCGAUUGAGCACAAGAAAUCGCCAAGUCAACUGUUUCAACUACAAAAUAAAGUGAUCGGAAAUUGUUAAUUUGGCCAAUUUAACACAAAGUUCAAAAUAUUCCAAUUUCAAAAUAGGGUCCAGAAUAAAGAAUGUAGGUAUUCCUGGAACUAAACUAACAUUUCCUCUGUUCAUUAGUUAUGUUUUGAGGCUUUACAAAUAAAUUACAUUUUGAUUUUUUAUUCACAUAAUGAAUUUUUAUUCACACCAAAAAAUAGAAGAUUUACUGUUAUGCAAUACUGUAAUAACUGUAUAAAUAUCAUCACCAUAUUUGUGAAUGUAUAUUAGACCCACCAGCUGACGUGUAUUAGAUGUGUGAGGUCGUUUGUUUACUCUUGAAUAUCGGCAAAAAUUUAACAUUUCCGCUACUUUGAGCUCAGUUUCAAGCCAUUUCCAGUGCUAAAACCAAUCAAAAUCAUCUCUAUUUCUGUAAUAUGUCUUCCAUUCUAUCAAAUGAGACCAAGAAAUCGCAAAUACAACUAUAAAAAACAUAUGAAAAAACACUGCAAAGUUGCUGUUUUAAUCGAAAAAUCAUGAUUUCAGUUUUUUCUCUCAUUAUACACAGUGUGCUGCAGGAUCUGUUUUAUGUGGUGCACACAUACCACAUAGAUGUAUUCUCUCAUAUCUAGGCCCAAAUGUACCACUCACAGUUUAUCAGAGUGAGCUGAGCUCAUGGCGUAGAUCUACGGUUUGGACACUCACCGUAAAGCCGUAGAUCUACGGGACGGACCCUGAAAGGGUUAAAGAGAAUAAACUCAAGACAGCAUAGUAUUACUAGAUUAGGCUAUUAAAGUAGUGACAUCAUGUACCUAUUAUAUUCAGCAUAACCACUACAGCACUAUUAUUCCCUUUAUAAAUCACUGACCAUUAUUGUUAUCAUUGCAUCAUGCAUAAGACUAUCAAAUCAUAUAAACUCAAGAAAGUAAAGAAUUGUUUAUAUUCACAGGCACUUCUUAAAUAAACUAUUUUCUGGAUUUCAUAUUGGCAAAAUCAUCAGUUAUAUUCUGAAAAUCAAUAUUUCUUGUUAGAUCAGACUCAAUGGUCAACAAGGCUAGGUUACACAAUUUGUCUUGGCUCAUUGUUGAACGGAGCUGCUUUUUCACUCUUUUCAAAACAGAAAAUGAACGUUCUCCUUCACAGUUAGUAGCUGGAAGUGUUAGGUAAAGGUGAUACACUAUGUCAA